GUGUUGUCUGCUCGUGUUCAGUGUGUUGUCUUGUUGGGCGGCAUGUUUCAAUAAAACUUGUGCGGUUCGGUUAACGGGGUUCAGUGCCUGAUUGACAUUCGGCGAGAGGAGACGGCGGCCCAAGCCACAGUUGAAUAUAGCAGGAUAACGGAGUAUCACGACGUCCACGAGAUCAGGAGGUGUGUGUGCGCGCCUCAAGAUACCACAGCCAGUGAAUACUUGUGUCGAGUACCGUGUUGUGCUACAAAUGUACUCAUAGUGUGUUGAUGGGAUUUUACUAAACGUUUUGGAUUAUUUUAAUACGACAUCAUGUUGACGUCAAGCGCAUCUCAAUACCUCCACCCGGACUACUUGCAGCCCCUUCCCACAACUCUUGAUGCCAAGAAGAGUCCACUGGCGUUGUUGGCCCAAACGUGCUCGAGUAUUGGGAAAGAUACGACCCCGUCCAAGCCAAUUAUCCCUCCUUUUGAGAAGAAGGAAACAGACAAAACCUCGGAUAAGUCCGACAACAAGAGACCCUCUUCUUCUGAUGAAAAGAAGGACUCCGGUCGGGAUUCCAAGCCAGGCUUCAGGACCGUGCCUCCUAAAGAAAUUCCACCCCUUGUGCCAAUUUCCAGCGGAUGUGAAAAGAAUAAUUCUGGUAAUUCUGAGAGCGGCAAAUUCAACUCGGAGAACACUUCAGUGAGCAAUGCCAUCACAAGACCUGUGUCAUCAACAGGUUCCAACUCUAGUGGACAUGGUUCAGCUAGAGGCAGUGAGAAGGGCGACCACCACGAACACCACUCCCCUCACUCCUCGUCUCCUCACCAUAUCAAGUCCAGCAGUGCUCACACCACACCCAUCCUCCCUACCCCAACCAGCCUAGGGGGCAUGAAGAAUGUUGUGAGCCACCCAUCUCUCUUGGGGGGCCUACAGACAGCACCCCACCUCGCUUAUUCAGCUCUACCACUCAUCGGGCACCAUGGUCUACCUGUAGAAGUGACCACCACCAACCCAGCCUACCACACAUCUUCUCUGGUUGCCCACGCCAGCCUCUCAGCUGCUGCAGCUGCGGCUCAGAGCUCUGCCCUGAAGGCGAGUGCUGCUGCCUCCUCGGCCCUGUCCCCUUAUGUUGCUUAUGCAAGAGUAAGGACACCGUCAGGAGCGACUACCCUAGUGCCCGUGUGUAGGGAUCCUUACUGUACAAACUGUCAGCUGACUCUCCAGAACUCUCAUCUCUCCUCCACGUGUACAGCUCCAGGGUGCUCACAGUGUGCUCAUGAGAAAUCUCUUACCAGCCUCACCAGCGGGCUGGGUCUCCCCGGGGCCUCCCUCCCCAUGCUACCCUCUCUGUCGUCGGCUGGGUCCCUAGUCAGCAGUUCGUCAGGCCUGUCCUCCUUCCAUUCACUGUACCACCCUAGUGCUCUGACAACACAAGGACUUCCAUACAUUUGUAACUGGGUUGCUGGCAGUGAAUAUUGCGGUAAACGUUUCACAACCUCAGAGGAAUUAUUACAACAUUUGAGAACACAUACCUCCACUAUGGACGCUUCAAGCCUAGCAGCAAGUUAUGGACUGGGGCUGCCCUCUCCCCUAUCAUGCCAUGGACACUAUCCAACUCCAGCACCCCUCAGUCCAAACUCACUCAGAAGGGCCUAUCCUACAAGCCAGCCCGUGUCCACCCUACUAGGGGCCAACAGAUACCAUCCCUACAAGUCCCCCCUGGGAAGUGUUCCCGCCGCCCCCUCCCAGGCGUUCCCCACCUUCUCCCCCUACUACUCCCCCUACGCUCUGUAUGGUCAGAGACUGGGGGCAGCUGCUGUCCCAUGACUAGACGGGGCGGGGUAUCUGGCCCCACCCAAGUAGACUGUCCCACCGAACUAACUGCCACAGCCCCCACUCCCGGGUGGGUAGGUGUGAUACUAUCUCCUACAAGCAACGACGUGUGAUUUAAAAUGUGCACUGAGGAUUUAGAGAGUGUCUGACUAGUUGUGACUUUGCACUGUGUGUGUGACUGAGUGAGUGAGUGACGGGACCAUCGUCACUGUUGUCACGGCGACUUCACCAAGGCUGAGACCCCAUAGCGACCUCUGCUCAAUGUGUGAUGUGAUGUGGUGCCCCAGUAGGAACCAUGAACAAUGUUCUCGCUGAUCUCCACGCUCCUCUCCAGCAAUCCCUAGUGUGAGGACUGUGUAUCCAAUGUUGAUCAUGCCAUGUGGAAACAUACUUAUUUAUGGACAUUUGAGAGCAACAUGAGUGCUACCGUUUAAGACCAAAAUAUUAAUUAUUAAAUCAUUUCAUCUUUUCUUGUCUACGAUUAUUUUCAUUCUCUACCGUGUGACUCUAGCACCCCUCCCCACCCUCGGCACCCCAACCACCCCUCUAUCCGUAUGGUGUAGACCUCUCUGUUUGACAGGAUGGGUGCUGAUAUAAGAUUAUGCUAUGUAUAUAUAAGAAGAAAGAUUUGUAUAUGUCAGAAAGGUGUUGUUUAUUAUUAAAUUUUAUAUGCAUCGGAUGCAUUCACUUUA